AUGGACGGGUUCAGCAUAAUCGUGCCUGAAGGCCCUUUGAUCACUGUCCACAAGGGAUGGUUGCCUUCGCGGAAACAGCCGUUAGGGGGAGCACCAUCGAAAGGAGAGAGUAAAGUGGAUACGGCGAAGAAGGUAGUACAGGGUAAGAGGAAAGAGAAUGGAGUCGUAUAUGCACGACACUUCGAGUUCGUGAACGCGAUCGAGCCAGGACGGAGUAAAGAUCCGGCUGUGAGGAAGCUGGUUCGGACGCAUGUUCGGAAUGAGUAUGUGCGUAAUGCCGCGAAAGAGAAGAAGUCAAAGACAUCUAAGGAAGACAUCAUCGCUGAGUCCAAAUUGAACGCCACGUCUCGAAAGCGUAAACAGCCCACCCCACGCACCCUAGGCAACCCCACAACACUCUCAACCUUCGCCUACCCAAUCGCCAUGGAAGAAACCAGUUUCUCGCUGCUCAAAAACUACAUAACGCACGCUCCGAAACGGCUGUACCCGUUAGAAUCCUGUUUAUCUUCGAACCCUUUGCGGUCACCGAGUUGGUUCCAGAUGGCGAUGGGUGAUGAGGCGUUACUGCAUGGGAUUUUGUAUGCUGGAGCGUUGUAUCUGGCGUUGUUGGAUGGGAAGAGGGAGUCGAAGGAGACGAUGUAUCAUUUUUCGAAACUGGUGGGGAUUGUGAAUGGAAGGUUGAGUGGGGGGAGGGAGGUGGAGGAUAAUACUAUUGGGGCUGUGACUUGUUUGGCGCUGGGAGAGUCUAUUGCUGGAAAGCCUGAUUUAUGGCAAACGCACAUGUUGGGGAUCAAACAGAUGAUCACUUUGCGUGGAAAUAAGGGACCUUUACAUCCCAUGGUGCAAGCGAAGAUUCGUCGAGCAGAUGUCACAGGCGCAAUAGACUACGCUUCGGCGCCUCUUCUGGAGUUUGAGAGGUCAGAUCGAGAUCCCAUAUGGACCGUCCUCCCACAGGAAAAACGCGACAAUCUGACUCUUGAAAUUGAAACCCUUUUCACCCAAUAUGGAACCCAUGACAGACUGAUUCCCAUCAUCUCAACCAUGGUCCUCUUCACUCAAGCCGUCCACAUUGCCUCAUCAGCAAAACACGCCCUCGAUCCCUCCAUGUUCUUGGAAGAUCUGUAUUUUAUAGAAUACCAACUUCUCACAUUCCCAACCACUUUAUCGAGAGUUGGCGAGGAAUCACCGCUGGAUAAAGCAACUCGUAUAGCGUCUCUCUUAUAUCUGAAAGCCAUCCUUCAGGAAUUCCCACAUUCAACCACAGGACCAUCUAUCCUUCUCACUCAACUCCAACAAUCGCUCAGUGUUAUCCCUCUUUCAUCCACUUACAACUCUCUACUAGUUUGGUUAGCUUUAGUGGGAGGAAGUUUCUCCGACGGGAUCUGGGAUUUCAGGCGGUGGUUUGUGAGUUAUCUUGGCGGGUUGAAGGCUAGUAUGACUUUACAGUCUUUUGAUGAUGAUGACGGGGAGGUAAGUCGGUUCGUUGGACUGAGAAGUGUAUUUGGCAAGGCCUUUGAGGCUCUUUGGGUUGAAGUUGAGAAAGAGGAAGAUUUACCGCUGAUGGAUUUGCUGGAUUUAAGUGCCGAGCUGCCUGAUGAGGUGGAUUGGUUGAUAGAAUAA